GAUCGGAACGAGAUAGUCCCGUACGUGGUCGUACCCGUUCGUGGUUUUAUUCGCGUGGUUUUAGAGCAACGCGAGCAACGUGAUCGUCGACGUGAUGACGUCAGAUCUCGAAGCAUAGGCCGAGAGUAACGCGAGUUUAAAGCCGAGAGCAGGGCGUGAAAAUCGUGCGUUCCUACCGUCAUCGGAUGAGAAGUAUGUGCAAAUAACGGCGCGAGCGCGCGUCCUGUGUCCGUCCGUCCGUUCGUUUUUAUCCGCGGGAUGAUUAUGUACGAUGCUGUUUUAACGUGAUAACGUGGAUACGGUGAGAAUAGAGAGUAGUACCAUGUUCCGCUGCAUUCCGAUUUUUAAAGGGUGUAACAGGCAGGUGGAAUACGUUGACAAACGUCAUUGCUCUCUGCCGUGCGUCCCCGACGACAUCCUGCGUUACUCCAGGAGUUUGGAGGAACUUUUGCUGGACGCGAAUCAUAUCCGCGAUCUACCAAAAAAUUUCUUUCGACUCCAGAGGCUACGAAAGCUUGGCCUGAGCGACAAUGAGAUACACCGUUUGCCGCCAGACAUCCAGAAUUUCGAGAAUCUCGUGGAGCUGGAUGUAUCCAGGAACGAUAUACCGGACAUUCCUGAGAACAUCAAGAAUUUACAGGCGCUACAGGUGGCGGACUUCAGCAGUAAUCCUAUUCCAAGGCUUCCAGCGGGAUUCGUACAGCUAAGGAAUUUAACUGUACUUGGACUUAAUGAUAUGUCCCUUACAAACUUGCCACCUGAUUUUGGAAGUUUGGAGGCAUUGCAGUCGCUGGAAUUAAGGGAGAAUUUGCUCAAAUCCUUGCCUGAAUCGCUCUCACAGCUCUUCAAACUCGAGCGGUUGGAUCUCGGUGAUAAUGAGAUCGAAGAAUUGCCUGCGCAUAUAGGAAAAUUACCAGCGCUACAAGAAUUAUGGCUAGAUCAUAAUCAAUUGCAACACUUGCCGCCUGAAAUAGGCGAACUGAAAACGCUUGCCUGUUUAGACGUUUCGGAAAAUCGUUUAGAGGAUCUUCCCGAUGAAAUCGGCGGUCUCGAAUCGUUAACCGACUUGCAUUUAUCACAGAAUGUUAUCGAGAAAUUACCCGACGGACUUGGUGAACUGAAGAAAUUAACUAUUCUCAAAGUAGAUCAAAAUAGACUCUCUACAUUAAAUUCAAAUAUAGGAAGGUGCGAGAAUUUGCAGGAAUUAAUUCUUACAGAGAAUUUUCUCUUAGAAUUACCGGUAUCGAUAGGCAAACUUCACAAUUUAAAUAAUUUAAAUGUCGAUAGAAAUAGCCUGCAAUUUCUACCAAUAGAAAUUGGAAACUUGAAAAAGUUGGGUGUAUUGUCUUUAAGAGACAAUAAAUUACAAUAUCUUCCGACUGAAGUGGGACAGUGCAAUGCUCUUCAUGUUCUAGAUGUAUCUGGCAACAGAUUACAUUAUCUACCAUAUUCUUUGAUCAAUCUGAAUCUAAAAGCAGUAUGGUUAAGCGAAAAUCAGGCGCAACCAAUGUUAACGUUUCAAACAGACAUUGACGAGGAAACGGGUCAAGAAGUAUUAACAUGCUUUCUUUUGCCACAAUUGGAAUUCCAUCCUGAUGAUUCAGGUAGACUGGGAAUGUUGGUUGGUAUAAGAAAUGUUCAAGGUGGUGAGAUGCGUGAGUUGACAAGCAGCGAUGAUGAAGGCUGGCAAGAAAGAGAAGCAUCAAGAACACAUUCAGUGAAAUUUACUGAUGAACCACCAGAAGCUGAUAAAGAGACUCCAUUUGUACGUCAAAAUACACCACAUCCAAAAGAAUUGAAAGCUAAAGCACACAAGUUAUUCAGCAAAGGAAAAAGUGAAAGUCGAUCAGAAUCUACAGAUGAACAGGAUGUUUCUCAAACAUUUGGAUUAGAUAAAACUGAAUCAGAGACACUGGUCAAUACUGCAGAUGUGCCACAAAGUGUUUCUGAGCAAGAAGAGCACAUAGAAUGUAAUACUGUACAAAAUAAUCAUAAAUCACCAACAUCUGGCAUUGAAUCAGAUAGCACGGAUAUUCAAAUUAAUAAAGAAAUAGAUGAUCUUCCUGUUCAGUAUGCUACAGAAACUCACUCAAACGCAAAAGCUGAAAAUUCCAUUCCAGAAUCAAAAGAAAGGGAGGAGUGCGAAGAGGAAUCUGAAAAUGAAGAUGUGCAAAGACAUGUCGAAUUUAGUAUUGCAGAAGAUGCAAAUAAUGAAGAUAUUUGUGAUUCAAAUAAGCCCAAUAAACUUCAACGUAGAGAUACUCCGCAUCAUUUGAAAAAUAAACGCAUUCAUACAGCAAUUGACAAGGACAAAGUUGCUUCUAUUAUAGCGCAGGCACUUUUGAAAAAAUCCGACGACACUUCUACAUCUUUACCUUCACAAGUAGAAUCUACAGAAACGUUCGAUGCCCAUAAUCAAGAUGCAACAUCUGAUGUUGAACCAGCAUUGGAGAUACGGGAAGAGCAAUAUGAGAUUCAUAUAGAAAGAACGACUGGCGGAUUAGGUUUGUCAAUAGCUGGCGGUAUCGGAUCGACGCCUUUUAAAGGCGACGACGAAGGCAUUUUUAUUUCAAGAGUUACUGAAGGUGGACCUGCGGAUUUGGCUGGUUUGAGAGUAGGUGACAAAGUAAUAUCUGUAAAUGGAGUAUCAGUAGUGAAUGUAGACCAUUAUGAUGCUGUAGAAGUAUUAAAAGCAUGUGGACGUGUUCUUAUAUUGAAUAUCAUAAGGGAAGUUACAAGGAUAAUUCCGCCAUAUGAACAGGCACCGACGAGAAAAGAUUCCGUAUGCUCUAGUUUAAGCACAAGUAGAGCACCAAGUGCGACAUCUUAUGUCUCAUCCACAGCAUUGUCGCAUACUUUAGAAAAUGGCGACGCAUCCGUGACUCAUGAAACUGCGAAGUCGAAAAGGAUUCCCGAGCCUAUAUCUUCUCUGAAAACAAGCAGUGAACCUAUGGUGUCUGUUCUUUUUCACACAACAUUAAUACGAGACCAAAAUGGGCUUGGAUUUAGUAUUGCUGGCGGAGAAGGUUCACCACCAUUUAAAGAUAAUAGUGAUGCAAUAUUUAUUUCAAGAAUAACGGACGGCGGAGUUGCCCAAAAAGAUGGUAAAUUAUUAGUCGGGGACAAAGUAAUAUCUAUUAAUGGGGUAGAUAUGAGAGGAGCUAAACAUGAACAAGCAGUGGCUUUACUUACUGGUUUGGAAAGGUUUGUUCGAUUAGUCGUCGAACGGGAAAUACCGCUUUCUCAAGCAAACCCCGCUACCGUCGUAACUCCAUCGGAAAAAUCGCCGCGUGUGAUAGGUGCACCGAAACCUUACACAGGCUUGUACAAUGCCAACAGUUAUAUGGCAAAUAGACCCGGAUACGGCGGAUACCGCCGCUCCAUGGACGCCGAUAAGGCACUGUCGCCGAGUCCCACUUCGAAAACGCCACCGCCAACAUUACCUGCGAAGGUCGACGAUGUCAAUGAAACGCCUAAAAUGAACGGCGUAAGCGAAUCGGAAAAAAACGUUUCACCAACGGCUCUCAGCCCGACGAUUAAUCAAGCAUCAUAUCCGCAGCCGGCUCCGAGGCAUAGCAUCUCGAUGACGUCACCUAUGAAUAAUACCGGUUCCGCAACUACGACCUCUCAUGACCCUAGACCGGAUGAAACUGCGCAAGAGGACAUACAGGUACCGAAGCCUAUCACCAGCGAAGAAUUUCAAGCUAUGAUCCCUGCUCAUUUCCUUCGACCUCCAACAUCCUCGCCUUCACCAGAUUCCCAUCAGGGCCCCAUUGUGACAGUGACGAUAAAGCAGCCCGAUACAUUGCCUGGGGAUGUUAGCUUCCCUCCAGCUCCUACUACACUCGGUAAAGUUACUGAGACCAUCACAAAGAGUACACUCACCGAGACCGUCGUAACUAGAGUGACUGACAACCAGUUGAUGCAACCGCUUAUUAUCGAGGAUGUUAUUCUUGUAAAAGAAGGUUCGCUGGGCUUCAGCAUCAUAGGGGGAACCGAUCAUUCGUGUACGCCGUUUGGUGCAAAAGAACCAGGAAUUUUUAUAUCUCAUGUUGUUCCUGGUGGCAUAGCAGCCAAAUCAGGUAAACUAAGAAUGGGCGAUAGGAUAUUAAAAGUGAAUGGUACAGAUGUAACAAAAGCCACACAUCAAGAAGCAGUAAUGGAACUUUUAAGACCAGGGGACCAAAUUGUGCUCACCAUCCAACAUGACCCCCUUCCGGAAAAUUAUCAGGAAUUAGUGAUAACGAAGGAAGCAGGUGAAAAGCUUGGUAUGCACAUUAAGGGAGGUCGAAGAGGACAGAAAGGCAAUCCUCUCGAUCACACCGAUGAGGGUGUUUUUAUAUCAAAAAUUAAUUCAGGUGGUGCAGCCAAAAGGGACGGACGAUUAAAGGUUGGUAUGAGACUACUGGAAGUCAAUGGCACAUCGUUAUUAGGUGCGACUCAUCAAGAAGCUGUCAAUAUCCUUCGGUGCUCGGGGAAUACGAUCACAUUGGUUGUGUGUAAAGGUUACGACAAAAGUGAAAUUGAACCGAUAUUAACAUUAUCCGACAAUGGAAAUUCUAAAGAAGCUAAAGUGUCUAACGAAUCGAGAGAUCCGGCCGCGGAAGGUAUUAAAUCGUUGUCGCAAAGUGUAUCCAGUUUAGAUCGAGAUGACGAGGAAGCUGCAAUUCUUAGGCAAGAACAAGAAAUGAAAGCUGAACUUGUCGCUUGGGAACAAGAGGAACGAGAGCGAGCGCUUGUAGAGCAGAGGGAGAAAUCUACACCCGAAAAAGUAAUGGAUGUUGUACGAGCGGCAGAAUCACUUGUAAGCAAAUCGAACAGUCCUGUCGACAUGGUACCACCAAAAUCACCUGGAGGUACCAAAGAUCUCAAAACUACGACGAUUGUUAUGAGUAAACACACACUAGCACCUCAGAAUCCUAAUUCAAGAACGAAUGAGACCUCUGGAACAUCAACGGACUUCUCUUCGUCGAAAUCAGCUACUCUUCCUAAGGCAUCCAGUUUCGAACGUUCUACCUCUAUGCACACUUUACCCUCUCCGACGAAAAAAAAAUCUUUGUCUAAACGUAGUAUCACGUUUGCCGAUCUGCCGCCGAUCUCAAAAAAGAACACGAAUCGCGGCACAACCCAUCCUUCUCAUGUCAAACCUAUGUUAUCCGCAACAAUAGAGCAACCAAUUCGGCAAGAAGCGUCCACCCAUCUUCCGCAAACCGUCGUAUCUUACGAAACACCCUACGUACAACAUGCACGUUUCCGACUUCCCCCGACACCACUAACCGCUCCCGAAUGCUGGGGAGAUCUUGACACUUCGGCUUCCCUUAGCAAGCGACAGAUAGCACGUUCUGUUGACGGGAAUUUUCAGGUUGAGCAAUCUCCAACUUCUUCCCCGACGCCACCAUUAACAAAAAUGUCAGUCAGCGAUAAAAAGAAGCUCUUUGAAAGUGCCAUGGAAGAACAUUUGAAACCAUCGCCUAAACCAGAUAAAAUAUUCAGCUUCUUAAGUCAGGACGAAGUAGAAAAAAUGAGACAAGAAGAAGAGAAAAAGAUUGCAACUUUGACGCGAGACGAAUUAAAAUCGUGGGCACAGCUUGACGAAAAUGAAGGCCUUGAAGAUUUGGAUCUCAGAAUGGAUGAUCAAAAUAAUGGACGACCUAAUAGCCGACUGAGCUCGCGAACUUCGAUCCCUCUUAUCCAGAAUGUUCCCAGCAGCGUGAGGACAGCAAAAGCGGAACGUCGUUUGAAAGAACGAUUAAUACAAGAGGGCCUUAUUUCGGAUGAAGAUGAGGAACAUUUUCUGAGCCCCGCGGAACAGCGAGCGCUCAGAGCGGAGAAACGCGCCGCUUGGCGACAAGCUCGUCUUAAAUCCCUUGAGCAGGAUGCGCUUCAAGCACAGAUGGUGAUCAAAAAGAUGAGUGAGAUAAUGGACACCUCUAAUAAAAGCGAAGAAACGCACGAUGUGGCCGAUAUAAUUGAUCCUGUUUCCGAUCAAGAAAAGACGGUCGAAUUCGCUACAUUACGGCCUUCUAGCGCGGAUUUCCCUAAACUCGCCGUGCGCAGUAAAGUGGGUCCCCCUAAAGAGAUACGCGAAUCUGAGAAAGUAGUGGACGAGAAGGUCACUCGGCGUACCGAGGAAUAUCUAGACGAGGUGACGGGUGAACGUCGUGUACGAACUGUUGAAUACGUCGAGAAGCUCAUUGAGCGUCAGGUAGAGACUCUGAGAGAGAAGAUUAUAUCGUUAGAAUUAAGUAACGCGGAAGACGACGUGGAGAGUGUAAGCGAUGCCGGCAGCGAAAGCGAAGAUAUCGCGGGACAAAAUAUCGCCAUUAGCACUGCGGAGGAAAAAACAGAUUCUCAUACUACGAUCGACACGACUGAAGUUACUAGUGCUAAAACGGACGCGGGCAUCACCGUCGUCUCUACCAAGAAGAAAAAACGAAAGCGAUCGAAGAGAGGUCGUCACUGACAGAAAAUGUGCAUUUUAACGAAUAGGUAUGAAACAUUGAUGUUAAAUAUAUCUGAAUAACAAUCUUUGUGUUACUUUAAUAUUCGACUAUUAUACGCAAAUUAUGUGUUUAAUAUUGCUUACAAUUAUAUACAUUUAUACUACAUAAAUGAAUUGUAUAUGCAUAUACGUGCACAUAUGUGUAUAUUCGAAAGCGAAAUCGAUCACUUCUAAGUUUCCAAUAUCACUUCUAAGUUUUCAUUGGUACGUAUUAUUGCGAUGUAUGUACCUGCGCGCGUUUUAUAUCUUUCCUUUUUCUCACAGAUAAAUAUAAUAAAUUUGACAUAUAUAAACAAAAAAUAGCAGCCUGAUUUUUUACAUAGCGUAUUCGUUAAAAAAUAUAGAUGCUUACACAUAAAACUUCGUGAUUGGUAGUAAAUACGAUACUUUCAUAUCGUCUGUGUACAGAUUUAUAAUUAUCAUUUUUAUUUAUCCUAUAUGUGUAUCGCGUAUGUAUACAACGUAGUUUUAUAAAUUGAACGGGUAUAAUACAGAUUGGUAUAUUUUAAUGUUGAACACAUACUACUGAAUUUUCAUUUAUACAUUAUAUUACCGAUAUAUUUUACAUGUAUCUUAUGUUCAAUAUAUUUAAAAUUUUACUAAUUCGAAAUUUACGAGGUAUAAAAUAAAAAUAGUUUAAGAAAAAAAUGAAAGUUUAAAAAGAGGUGAAAAAAUAAUUAAUAUUCUAAUGACAAAUAAUAGCAUGGAAAAUUCCAUGACAUUUCAUGUUAUGCUGUCUCUUUUAAUUAUUAUUUUUUGGGUCAUUUUUUGUGUAUAAUUUAAUUAUUUUAAUAUGGAUAUGUACAAAAACAUGAUUUUUAAUAAUUUUUUUGUUGCGUUAGAAAUACAUGAUAUUUAUAAAACAAAAGACAGGGAAACUAUUCUGUAUUGACGAAAAAUCGUCGAGCAUAAUUGCAUUUUUAUACGCAUAGUGAAAAUUGUGCAUUUUUGUUUUCUCUUGUCCAACUCUCCUCGAGAAUAUUUAUAAUGAUUUUUUUAAAGGGAUAUACGAAUGAUGUGAUAAAAAUAUGCAAUUACAUAAUAUUACAGAUAUAAGGCUCUAUGUUUUAUAUAAUUAUGUGCAUUAUAAUAUUUUAUAUAAUGUCCAUUCUCUUAUAUCAACUAUUUAUAUUCAUUGCAACGUGCUAAAGAAAAUUACAUGUAUUUUAAAAUUAUAAUUUUUAUAAUUAUUUUGCGAAUAUCAUGUAAAAUACAUUACAAUAUCGAGACAAUGUUAUAGGCUUUAAGUUGAUCGAGGAUCUAUAUAUCUUGCGUUUGUAAAAUAUUUUAUUUAUUUGACUUUAAUAUAUGUUUUAUGAAGAUAUUCUGAUCUGUAAUAGAUAUUGUAAAAAAAGUAAAUCCGUCAAAACUAAAAAAAAAAAAAAUAUUAAAUCUUGAUUUACUUUAAUGCGAAAUUAUCAACAUUGAGGAGUCAAUAAAACAUCAAGAGCAAAUGUAGAUUUUCACAAUUAUAGUUCGAUGGUUUCAAGAUAUAAACAAAUUUUGCAUAUAUGUAAUACACAUUUUUAUUACCU